GGUAGCGCACAGCGUCCACAACCCAAACAACUCCUAAAGUUAGCACAAAAUUCAAAUUCAAAAAACAAUAAAACCGCCAGCCACUACAAAUAAAUAUCAUUCAGGGUCUCGUAUUUGAAAGUCGAAAGCCAAAAUCGCUGAAAAUGCAGACGAGAAGGAAUCGAAGAUCGCCAUUGCCAAUGGCUUCUCCUGCUCUAGAGGAAAACGAGUCUCCGCCUAAAUCAAACAUUUUCAACAAAAGGAAGAGGAAUAUAGCUAAUGCUUCCUAUUCAAAUUCAGCUUCCGCUUUCUUCGAUCUCCAAUCAUCAUCGCCAAAUCACAAAACCCCAACCACAAUCUCCGAUCUCAAGGAAUUUGCGUCUUCUCGACUGGAGGAUAUAAAGCGAAGCCUCGUCGAUCGCUCUCACUCUGAGAUUCUCAAGGAUCUCGAAGCCUCUCGCUCUCGCCUCCAUAAGCGCUUCAAGAUCCAGACACAAGCGUGCCAGCAAGUGAUGGACGAAGCUGAAAAGGAAUACAAGAAGAUUUCGGAAAAGAUUGAUGGCAGUCACGAAGCAAUGAAGGCAACAUAUGCAGAAUUCAUGGCAGAUGCACAAGCCACAGCUUCUCGUGGUAUUUUCGUGCUACUUCUCUUCAUGCUAGUGUUUACUUCAACACAGGCUUUCAUUGUUAUUUCUAUGUUUUACAUUGAUUUGUUGGAAAUUACAAACUUCUGAUUCUGAUUAGCUUCUAAG